AUGCAGGAAUCAGAAUACAGACGCUUCAAAAGUGAAGGUUCAUCGGCUGGAGUUUGCUCCUUACCGGCACCCGAAAUGGACGUAACUAUUGAUGACUUGUCGCCAAUCGCCGAUCCCCGUUCAUCAUCACCCAGUCGUCUCAGUUUAUUCCAGGAUACAGUAACCAAUGGACCAUUGACAAAGCAUUCACAUACAGAACAGGUGAUGAUGAUGCACACAUUAAAGACCAAGUUAUCAAAAUAUCAAAAUUUCAUCGAUAAAGCAUUUGAACAUAUUGCUCAAGGCAGCGAUGAACAGAUCAUUGAG